GGAGGGGGCCGGGGGGUGAUGGCGCUGCGCAGGGCGCUGAGCGCGGCGGGGGCGAGCAGGUGGGCGCAGCAGCGGCUGUGCUGCACGGCGCGGGGGGGCGACACCAUCUUCGCCGUGUCCUCCGGCCACGGGCGCUGCGGGGUGGCCGUCAUCCGCACCAGCGGGCCGGGCAGCGGGGGGGCCCUAAAAAGCCUCACGGGGCGCCCCCAGCUGCCCCCCCCCCGCGUCAUGGCCCUGCGCCGCAUCCGGGACCCCGCCACCGCCGAGCCCUUGGACCGCGGCCUCGUCGUCUGGUUCCCAGGUCCCCACAGCUUCACGGGCGAGGACUGCGCCGAGCUGCACGUGCACGGGGGGCCAGCGGUGGUGAGCGGCGUCCUGCAGGCGCUGGGGCGCCUGCCCGGGCUGCGCCCCGCUGAGCCGGGCGAAUUCACCCGGCGAGCUUUCCACCGCGGCAAACUGGACCUGACGGCGGCCGAGGGGCUCGGGGACCUCAUCCACGCCGAGACGGAGGCGCAGCGGCGCCAGGCGCUGAGGCAGAUGGAGGGCGAGCUGGGGAGGCUCUACCAGCGCUGGAGCGAGACCCUCACCCAGGCUCUUGCCCACCUCGAAGCCUACAUCGACUUCAGCGAGGAUGACAACGUGGAGGAAGAGGUGUUAUCUCAAGUGGACGCAGCCGUGCGGGCGCUGGAGCAGGAGCUCGGAGCCCACCUGCAGGACGGGCGCCGGGGGGAGCUGCUCCGCGGGGGGGUCCACGCAGUCAUCGCCGGCCCCCCCAACGUGGGCAAGAGCAGCCUGCUCAACCUGCUGUGCCAGCGCCCAGCAGCCAUCGUGUCCCCGGUGGCGGGCACCACGCGGGACGUGGUGGAGGUGUCCCUCAAUGUCACCGGGUACCCCGUGGUGCUGAGCGACACGGCCGGGCUGCGCGACGCCACCGACCCCGUGGAGCGCGAGGGCGUCAGCCGGGCACGGGACCGGUUGCAGCGGGCAGACCUGGUGCUGGCCGUGCUGGACGCCACGGCCGUGCCCACCGAGCCGGCGGCGCUGGGGGCUGCCGUGGGGUCCCUGGUGCCCCCCGCAUGCCCCCUGCAUCCUGGUGCUCAACAAGGCCGACCUGCUGAGGGGGGACGCGGGGGCUCUGCGUGCUGCCUGCACCCAGGGCCCCCCCGUGCCCCCCGCCACCCUUCCUCUCCUGCAAAACUGGCGACGGCAUCGAGCGCCUGCUGGAGCUGCUGGGGCAGCAGCUGGCGCAGCUGUGUGGAGACCCCCUGGCCGGCUCGCCCAGCCUGACACAGCGCCGGCACAGCCAGCACCUGGGGGACUGCGCGGCCGCCCUGGCGCGCUACGGCCGGCACCGCGCGCGGGACCUGGGGCUGGCGGCCGAGCAGCUGAGGCUGGCGAGGAGGCACCUGGGGCGCAUCACCGGGCACGUGGGCGCCGAGGACGUCCUCGACAUCAUCUUCAGGGAUUUCUGCGUCGGCAAGUGACGGGGGAGCCAGGGCACGGCCCCCCCCCAACCCCAGUAAUAGGAUUAAACCGUGGUGCCUUGGGUU